UCUAGUCUCUCGCUCGUCGGCACCACGGCCAGCACUGUUUUAAGCAUUAAUUUCCCUUUUAAAGUCUCGUGGUGGCGCUAUACUACAUUCAUGGAUGGUUAAAAAACAACAAAAAGAGGAUGGCCAAUUUGCUGUAGUUCAAAACGAGCCUUUGUCACACAUGUCACAAGGAUUGAUUUGACCACGAAUGAUAAAUAUAAUGUAACUGCGAUCAUGAGACAGCAGCAAAUUAAGUAAUUGGUACGCUCACAAAAGCACAAGAUCUUUUGGGGGGUCGACGCUGCUCAAGAUUGUCACUCAGAGAAACUUCCACGUAUGAAAGACUUGACAUGAUGCAAUAGAUACCACUGAGUCCACCAGUGUCCACACAUGAGCCCUACUAAUCCAGGAGUAUGAAUGUGGUCAAAGUAAAUAAAAAACCACUGGGGGUAGCACUCGUAAUACUCAUCGUGACGGUGGUGGGAAUAAAGUACUUAUUCAACAGUCAAGAUGGGUACCAUACAGAGGGAGAGACGGUGUAUGAUUUUAAGAAGCGAGAAACCAUCAUGGCCGACAAGCUCCUGGAGAUUGAACGAGAGAACCAGAUGCUCAAAAAACAACUCAGCAUAUCACAAAGUCAACUCCAGCAGACCUACGAGACCUACCAAAACAUUCAUGUAGAAACUGGGAAUGGUACCAGCUUCAACCACUCCACAGAGGGCAACAAGACCAUAUCAAUAAGCUGUCCCAAGCAGCAACCCGCUGUCCCUAAAUGUGAAGUCAUCCACGUGGCUAUCGUGUGUGCCGGUCACAACGCCAGUCGUGAGGUCGUCACGCUCAUCAAAUCAAUUCUUUUCUAUCGGAAGAAUCCUCUACACUUUCAUUUCCUGUCGGACGAGGUUGCCCAAGUCAUUCUGGAGACUUUGCUCAGAACAUGGGAUGUGCCGGGAGUUAAAGUCAGCUUCUAUCUGGCAGAAGACUUCAAGAGUGAUGUAUCAUGGAUUCCAAACAAACAUUACUCUGGACUGUUUGGUUUGAUGAAGCUCCUCAUUACCAAGAUCCUUCCAGUGGACCUUGACAAGACCAUUGUGCUGGAUAUCGAUGUGACGUUUGCAACGGAUAUUGCCGAGCUAUGGAGAAUGUUUGUUAAGCUGACAGGCAAGAAGGCGAUAGGCUUAGUAGAAAACCAGAGUGAUUGGUACCUGGGUACGAUAUGGAAGAAGCAUAAACCAUGGCCUGCACUGGGGCGUGGUUUCAAUACUGGUGUGAUGUUGUUUGACCUCAAGAAACUGAGGGAGCUGGGCUGGAUGCAGAUGUGGAGAUUCACUGCUGAGAAGGAGCUCAUGAGUCUUCUGUCUGUCUCGCUCGCUGAUCAGGAUAUCAUUAAUGCAGUGAUUAAACAGCAUCCUUAUCUUGUGCACAACCUACCAUGCGCAUGGAAUCUUCAACUCAGUGAUCAUACACGUAGCGAGCUGUGCUAUGCAGAGGUCACUGACCUUAAGGUCAUUCACUGGAAUUCCCCAAAGAAGCUGCGUGUGAAGAAUAAACACGUGGAGUUUUUCCGUAAUCUCUACCUGACGUUUCUGGAGUACGAUGGCAAUCUACUCAGGACGGAGUUGUUUGGAUGUGCGCAGGGAAAAGGAAAUUUGUCACUGGAAGAGAAGUUCAGUAAACUUGACGAAGAUGACCAGUGCUACGAGUUCCGAAGAGAGAAAAUACUCACCCAUAGAACUCAUCUUUACUACUUAGAAUAUCAGUACACGCCGAAGCCCGAUGGCAAUGAUGUAACCUUGAUUGCACAGCUAUCCAUGGACAGACUACAAAUGCUAGAAUCUAUCUGUAAACAUUGGGAUGGUCCCAUAAGUCUUGCCCUGUACAUGUCCGAUGCUGAAGCCCAACAAUUCCUGCGUUAUACCCUGAGCUCAGAUGUACUGAUGAAACGCAAGAAUGUGGGAUAUCAUGUUGUCUACAAAGAAGGGCAAUUCUACCCAGUGAAUUACCUGCGCAACAUCGCCCUAGAGCAAGCUAACACGCCUUACGUCUUCCUAUCUGAUAUAGACUUCCUACCUAUGUAUGGUUUGUAUGCAUACCUCAGGAAGGCUAUCGAUAUGAUGGACAUGAAAUCAUCAGACAAGGCUUUAGUGGUCCCUGCUUUUGAAACUCUACGUUACCGUCUGACUUUCCCCAAAUCUAAAGCGGAACUACUUCACAUGCUGGACAUGGGGACUCUAUUCACAUUCCGCUACCAUGUAUGGCAGAAGGGCCAUGCUCCAACCAAUUUUGCUAAGUGGCGGACAGCCACAACACCCUACCAAGUGCAAUGGGAGCCGGACUUCGAGCCGUACAUCGUCAUGAAGAAGGACUGCCCAAAGUAUGACCUUCGUUUUGUGGGAUUUGGAUGGAACAAAGUUUCUCAAAUUAUGGAGGUUGAUGUUCAAGGGUUUGAGUUCAUCGUGCUUCCCAAUGCUUUUAUAAUACACAUGCCACACACGCCAAGUUUUGACAUCGCUAAAUACCGAUCCAGUGACCUUUAUAGAGCGUGUCUCAAAGUAUUAAAGGAAGAAUUCCAGAAGGAUCUCUCCAGAAAAUACGGGUUUGCCGCUUUAAAAUACGUCGCUGUGGAGACAUGAUGAAGGUGUUGCGGAAGAACAUGCACAAAUUUUGUAACUACAGAUGUGUCAUUGCACUGGGGUUCAAUAUGAAAUGGAUGUAUUCAGCUUCAGAACUUAGCAGCCAAGUCUUCUUUCUUUCUGUCUCUGUUAACACUUCAGGAGAAAUUACUGAACAGAAACUUCCGUCCGUUAUUUUGUUCAACUAUAAAGUUGGACGUAUGUACACGUUUUCUUGCAGGCUUCCAAAUAAUCCCUGGCGUCCACAGCAACUGCCUGUUUUUGCCGUGGCAAGGUUCCUGUACAAAUUGACCUUUACACGCCCCCUGGAAAAUUGCUGUGCCCCUUGAAGAGUGAAGUUCAAAGUUCAAGGCCUGUUCUUGUAUUAUACAAAUGUUUACGAUUGCAAUUAAGAGAAUGUUUCCAUGAAGGUGGAAUAUUCAGUUCAAUGAAGACGGGGCAGUAUAAUGGAACAUCCCAUCUUUCAUUCAAGACACUGGACACUAUUGGUAAUUGUCAAAGACCAGUCUUCUCACUUGGUGUAUCUCAAC